AUGCUUGAUCAUAUGAGAGCAUUUCGCGAGGUGCAAGGUCGAUCCAAACGGGGUCACACGGAGUCGGGACCGAAUUCCAUACAGGAUCCGACCGAACGUGUAGCCAGAUUGGCUACGAAAAGUCUCACUGCAAUGGAGGAUCGAUUGCACGGUAAAAUUACCGAACACGACGGGUUUAGCCAAAUUCUUCCAAUGUCAGCCGAGGGUCAGGUGGACGCACUGAUCAACGAGGCCACAGAUGUGAACCAGUUAUGCCAAAUGUACAAAGGAUGGAUGCCAUUUUUAUAA